AUGUGGGAAAAGAAAAGAACCUUUAGAAAUCUGCCAAGAGAUCAACUAGGCGGUGUUAUAUUUGGGUGCAAGAAUGAUACAAUAAGAGAGUGUCUCGAAAAGCAACUAGUAGGUUUGCCUAGCGCACACUUUAUAUAUGUGAAAAAUGUAAAUCCUGGUUUGCCAGUGUUCUUGUUCAACUACAACGAUAAGAAGCUCCAUGGAAUCUUUGAGGCUGCAAGCUCUGGUCAAAUGCAAAUCAAUCCAUAUGCUUGGAAAAAAGAUGGUGAUGAAAGAACACGAUUUCCUGCACAGGUUCAGAUACGUGUCCGUCUGCAUUGUGUACCACUGCCAGAAGAUAUGUUUAGACCAAUAAUUAAGGAUAACUAUUUUGAGCAGCAUCAUUUCUGGUUUGAGCUAGAUCAUACUCAAUCUAGUAAAUUGAUCUCACAACUUUCAUCUCUUGCAUAUGCUCCGAGUAGCACCACACAUUAUUCAGCACUUCGGAGAAGUAUAAUCCAAACUUCACCUGCAAAUAACAAGAUAGCAGAAAAUAGAUGUUCUGAACCACAAAACUUGAAAAAUAAGGCAUCCAGUUCCAUUGAUUCUCAAGCUGCAUUGGAUGAGAAGAAUUUUAUAUAUAUGAAACUUAAAGAAAUAGCUCUUAAUCGUGAACGCUCAGUGCUCUCCAGAAACAGGCAUGCAGAGGAAAACACCAAUGAAAGGAUAAGUUAUAAUGAUGUAAGCAUUGAUCAAGCAGGUUUUGUGGAACCACAGCCUCCUGGAGAAGAGAAGAAUGAAGAAGGCGAUUGUGACUUGGCUAGUUAUCCUCCUUUUGUAGCUCAGCUGCUGAAAGAAGUGAAAGAACUGAAUGCGUUUAAGGAACAGCACACCCAAAAAGUGACUGGCCUGGAGAAGAAGCUGGCUAAUGCACAAGAAGAAAUUAACCUGCUAAAAGGUAGAUGUUUGAUGUUGGAGUCCACAAAUCCCACUUGUACACAUGAUAGUGAAAAUGUGGUUGAGUCAGACGAUAUAUUGCGUGAUGAGUCAAUCAUCCUAGCUGGAGGAUCAGAUGGUAAUAACUGGCUAUCGGCCUUGGACUUGUACUCACUUUUGAGUGAUGUUUUAAAGCCACUUAAACCAAUGACUUCAUUUUGGUCGUAUUUUGCAGUUGUAAAUCUGAGUAGAGAAGUUUAUGUAUUUGGUGGAAAAUUUAAGAAGUUGUGGGACGAUACAGUUGCAUCAUAUAACCCAGCCAAUGAUAUGUGGACUCUGCAUCCUCAUUUGAAAAAGAGAAACAGUAACUUAUCUGGAGCUACUUUGAAGGACAAGAUAUUUACAAUGGGUGGUGGAAAUGGAACUGAAUACUUUGCAGAAGUUGAAAUGUAUGAUCCUCAAGUAGGUCGAUGGAUUCCUUCACGAUCCAUGUGGCAGAAGCAAUUUUCUCUUGCAGCAACAGAACUCAAUGGUGCAUUAUAUGCUGUUGGUGGAUUUGAUGGAGACAAAUAUUUGGCACAUGCACUUGGUGGCUCUGAUGGGUCUCAAAUGAUGUCAAGCGUUGAGAUAUAUGAUCCCCAUCAGGGAACAUGGAUGAUUGGGGAACCAAUGAACUACUCAAGGGGUUAUGUAACUGCUGCUGCUCUAAAGGAGUCCAUUUAUGUCAUUGGAGGGGCUCAAUCUGAUAAUGAAGUACUAGACACGGUUGAAUGUUACAAGGAAGGCACAGGUUGGGAAAAGGUGCUUGUCCUCUGCUAUAGUUUUGGAGGAAGAUUGAAAUCUGCAUUCUUAAGUACUCAAGCUCUCUCUUCUUAUGGGCACCCUUUGUUCAAUAUCUGUUGUUUUGCUCUAAUGAAUAGACUAACAAAUAUCUGUUGUUUCGCUCUAAUGAAUAGACUUAAUGCUUGAAAGCAUUUUAAA